GAGUCCCCUCUCCAAGCGGUACCACGCACAGCCAGCGGUCACGAACCAAGUUCCCGACGGCGCUCCGACCGGCGACGAGGAAGACGAGCGGACGCCAAACUCGGCGUCGACACCGUAUUUUCGGGCGGGAACAGAACGGAGUGCUUGUUUUUCCUUUCUGUAUUCGUUUAGCCCGUGUCGGAUUCCUGUGACACCGAACGAGCCAUCGCCAGUGGUGCUCCGUCAAGCCGUGCUGGAUGCUUUCACCGAGUGCUGUGUCCAUGGAGUGUACCUGCCGCGUCCGCCGACGUGCUCUAGUGUGACUGCCCCGUCCACAAACCGGACGGUAGGGUGUUGUCCCCCGUCAGGAUGAGCACCACACCGAUCUGCCGCUGCCGGGUCCUUUAUUUGGGCUCGGCGGUGCCGCACAUCACGAAGGACGGCCUGCAGGGCAUACAAGAGCCGCUCAGGGAGCUCUAUCCCGAACAAGGGCCCCUGUCCGCUCGCGGCAUCGACUCCUGGCUCAGCGUGUGGAGUAACGGCCUGCUCCUGGAAAACGUGGACGAGUCGAGGCGUCAGCACGUCCGCUUCUUCCCCAUCGAGACCCUGCACUACUGCGCUGCCGUGCGCUACGUUGUGGUGCCCGGCUCGAGUGGCACUGAACGCGUCGAAAAGUUCCUGCCCCUGGAUAGCCCGUUCGCGAGGCACGCCGGCCCCCAGCAGCCGCCACUGUUUGCCUGCAUUCUUCGUCGGACGACCGGGAUUAAGGUGCUCGAGUGUCACGCUUUCAUCUGCAAGAAGGAGCCCGCCGCCAAUGCCCUAGUGCGGUGCUGCUUCCACGCCUACGCCGACUGCACCUACGCCAAGCAGCUCGAGGAGAACCCCUACACCCUGGACGGGCCUCCAAGAAGAGCUCAGUCCGUGGUCGGCUUGGAUACUGUACAGAAAGUCGAAGCCUGGAGGCAUCAGCAGUCGGAACCAUCGACGAGCAACGGAGUGGCGCACGCCAACGGCGGCUCCAUUCUUCUGGACGAUGAGACCGAAGACGAAGAGGGCAACUACAAGGUGUGGACUGGUCCUGCCCCCAGAGAGCUGGUCUACAUGGAUACGACGGGCACGCUACGCAGCGUCCACUCAACCACAGGGGGGACAUCGAGGAUGUCUCGACCCAGGCAGUUGGCGAUACCUUCCCGGCCACCACCGCCACCGCUGCCCCCACUCCCUCCUCCCGGCUCGAACAAGACGAACGGCCAUCAUAAGGACACGUCCAAGUCAAAGAAGAAGUCCAAAUCUAAGUCGGGAUCGCCGCAACAACACAAUGGCUACAGCGUCAUCUCGGGCUACAGCGGCAACCACCCUCCCCCGCCCAUGAUGGUCCACUCCGAGAGGGCGCGAAGGCCUCCCGAAAGGCCAAUGUUGUACAGCGCGGAGGAGCCAUCUUACAUUCCGGCGGUGCGUGCCAUGAGCCCGACGGCAUCGUACCAGCCCGGCAUGUUUCCGCACGACCAGUACUUCAUGCAGAACUACGGCACGUCAUCGCGACCCCACAGCAACGGCAAAUCCAGAUCGGACCACGCUUCCAAGAAGGACCCGCAUCACCAUUCCCGUCGUAGCAACGGGGCCGCUGAGGCCCCCGGCGACGGCGACGACUCUGACUCGCCCUUCAACACCGGCAUCUACAAGAAGAAGGGCCACCUCAACGAGCGCGCCUUCUCCUACUCCAUCAGGCAGGAGCACCGCUCGCGGUCCAACAGCCUGGCAAACCUCCACUUUCUCAACGGUGGUGGCGAGACCGAACCCGGGCCGAACGGCCUGGACAAGAAGGACAGGGAACUCGCGCAGCUGGUGAACGACCUGGACUUGAGGGAGAAUGGAGGAUACCCGGGGCCCGUGCACAGGGCCGUGACUCCGGACUCAAACUUCAUUCGGAAGAAGCCGUCUUCCAAGGGCUACCUCAGAUGAACGAGGUGAGGGGCCCCGAUCGCAACUCUCUUCCCAAGUGUCGCUGGUAACCGGCUGUCGCUCCUGUUGUCGCGGUAUGCGGAAAGAUGGGGGGAGACCCCGAGGGGGUUUUGCACGCUUUGCAAACGGCAAAGCAGGCUAGGUCGUGUCCCAGCGUUGCCAGACUCAAAUGUAUACCGCGCGUGUACAGAAGUGUCGUUGUUGUCUUUUGUUAAUCUGUGUGUGUGCGUUAGUUGUGCGUGCCUUCAGCGGGAUUUAGACAGACUGAGCAUCUUUAAAGAAAUGUUCAGAUCUUCCUCACGAUUGAAUGUUCUUAGUCCGAAAUCACAGCAACGAGCCAGUUUGUUCUGGAUAGGUUUCUUCAGCUGCAUUUUGCAUGGCGGUGUCAUAUGGGAUUUAAUCAGUGCUCUAGCUCGGUGCGUGCACAAACUCAGUCACUCCCUAGCACCCUGGUCACUACCAUAAUCCUUCUUCUCUCGCCAAGUGUUAUUCUAUAACAACGCCAAUCACGAGAUCUGAGCCCUUUUAUCUCAAGAGUAAAAUUGUGGACAUAGUAAUUGAACGUAACUCAUGGCUCCUACCCCGUGUAAUCAAAAUACUCCCGUUCCGAAAGGGUGCAAUAGUCAUGCCCUUUGUUGCGUUGAUUUCUCCAUGAAACGGUUAUUUUUGCGAGGAGCAUGGCAAUAAAUAAGUUAGCGGAUGGCGCCUCCGCUCCACAUACCGCGAGAGGGCCCGGAGAAAAGAUUACAGCGUGCCUUUAAUGGCUUGCCUUCGACAUUGAGUAGAGGCAGAGAAAGGCACUCGACAUGCGGGGCAGUUACUAAGGGCAUUCCUGUGCAUCUCCGACGUAAGCGACGCUUCCAACACUGACGCGAGUUCCUGUGGAAUGUGGACAGAAGCGGCCAGUGACGUGCUUGCCAGAGACAGAACAAUCGUAGAAACCAGUUUCCAGAGGCGGCACUUUGAGGGAAGUCUGCCUGCGUGGGUCGUGUGGUUGUAGGGAUUCGCACUGCUCCCUCUGUCUUAGGUAAAGCCAGCAAGUGCUUACAAAUUAAUAGAUAGCUCUUUGGGUUAUACGGAUGAGGAAUGGUCCAUGCUGAAGGGACAAAUGCUGCCAUGUGUCGGGACGGACACGCACGUACAUAUAUAUGUAUAUUAUGUUUGCAUUGUCUCGUUGCUGUGACCAAAUGACGAGAAAAUGUGCGAGCGACCGCUCUGUGUCCUAACAAAAAAGUGUAACAAGCUUAACAAAAAUUUUGUCCUGUAGGACUAUAGGAUUGAUGAUGUCGUAAUCGCUAAACAAGUGUUUUCUUUUUAAUCGUGCAUUGUUGUUGUUCUUUUGAAAAUCGCGAGUGUUAUGAGCGGACGAUCGUAGCAAGGACUACAACGCCUCACUUGAAUGUUACCGAUAAAUAAAAGUCUUCUUGGCAAAACGA